GCCGCGUUAUCGUUCGAUCGUCGCGAUAGCUGCGGAAUUAAUAAAGCUGAAAAGGAGGAAAAGACCGAGAUAAUGGGUAUGCCCCGUGUUCAUCGUCAGAGGUGGGAGUAUUCGUCGCCUCCGGCACUUCGGGAAUGUACGUGAUAGAUCAGUCUGUGUUCGACGCACCCGUGACAUCCAUCAAGCAGCGUCGAUCUCUCGAUCGCCACUCAGAACUGACCAACAACUCGAAGAAUCGUCGACGGACGGUGCCACGUGUUCGCCAUGCUUCUCAACGGGGUACAGCUGCUGGUGCUUGUGCUGGCGUUGCAAGGAUCCAUGGUCGUCCUUGUUGCCGGGAAAUCCAUUACACGAGUGAUCGACAAAGAUACAGGAAGAUACGGGGGGAACGGCUAUGGAGUUGCGAGCGCUUCGUUCACACUGGAGGAGACUUACGACCAAACUUUUCGCGCGAAUAUCUUCAACGGUACCUGGAGAACGGACACGGACAUCGUUUAUUCUGAUAACUAUGUUGGCGAUAUACGCGAGUUCGACGUAACAACGGGGAUCAGCACAGUCCUCAUGGACUCGUCUGUGGCGGCUGAUUACGAGAAACCAACAGUGUACUUCUCCUUCGACAACACGUUCAUUUUGAUCGGCCACGAUUACGCCAGCGGCUUCAGAUAUUCGAUGUAUCAGAGGACGUACACGGAUAUUGCAAAUGGCGCUCGUUUAACCUAUUUCAAAUGGUCACCCACGGAGAACGCCCUAAUUUACGUUCACGAGAACGAUAUCUAUUACCAAGUAUUCUCCGAAGAAGGCAGCGAUCUUCGAAGAAUUACCAACACCGGUGUGAUCGACGAGAUCUACAAUGGAAUUCCUGAUUGGGUUUACGAAGAGGAAAUUCUCGCCUCAGCUUCGGCUCUCUGGUUUUCCCCUGACGGACGCCAUCUUGCUUUCGCAACGUUCAACGACAGCCACGUGAAGGAUAUUGUAUUAACGAUGUACGGCGAUCCAGGAACUAUGAAGGAUCAAUAUCCCGCGGAAGUGAAGAUCAAAUAUCCAAAAGCUGGAAGUCCGAAUCCAGUGGUGUCACUGAGCUUAAUCGAUCUGGAUAAUCCUUCCUCUAAAUUGGUUCAUUUACAAUCACCUGCUGAUAUCAUUGGAGUGGAUAACGUUCUGUACACCGUGAACUGGAGGAACGAAGAUCAACUCGUGGCUACUUGGACCAAUCGCGUGCAGAACAAGGCUCAGCUGGUGCUUUACGACACGCAAGGCAACGUAGAGAACAUCCACUACGAGCACGAAACCGAGGGCUGGCUUCGUAUUCAACCUCCAGUCUAUCACAAUCAAUACGUGAUCAUCCUGAAGCUGCAGGAGUCCGGAACGGAAGCUGGCAGGUUCCAGCACGCGACUAGAUUCGUGUACAAGGAUGGAAAGCUGAGUGACGAGAAGGAUUUGACGCCUGGACCAAAUGAAGUCAUGUCGAUUUUGGCUGUGGAUCACGUUAGAGAGAGACUUUACUAUCUCGGAACCACGUUGGAUAAACCUUCGCAUAGGAACGUGUAUUCGGUGCAAUUGGCGGGCAACGCGGCGCCCGUUUGCUUGUCCUGCAACGUUCUUACUCCUGAGGGAAAUCGUUGCACCUACGCGUACGCGUUCUUCUCCAAAAGCAGUUCCUAUUACGCGCUGUCAUGUUCGGGACCAGAUCCGGUGUUCAUCGCGAUUAUGGAUGCCAAUCACAGACAGCUGUAUUCCUGGGAAGACAAUGGCCCUCUCAGACGACAAUUAGCCGCCCGUAAGCAACCGGUGAUCAAGAACCUGAACGUGAAAGCGAAUGGCUACAACAAUAAAGUCAGACUAUACAUGCCACCGGAUUUCGACGAGAAAAAAGCCUAUCCACUGUUAAUUAACGUUUACGCGGGUCCAAACACAAUUAAAAUCACGGACGAGGUAACGUACGGUUUCGAGGCGUACAUGGUGACCAACAGGAGUGUGAUUUACGGUCGAAUCGAUGGUCGUGGGUCCGCCUAUAAGGGAAGCAAGAUGUUGUUCGAGAUAUAUCGAAAGUUAGGUACCGUGGAGAUCGAGGAUCAAAUUACUGUUACUAGGAUACUGCAGCAAACAUAUUCGUGGAUCGAUCCAAACAGAACUGCGAUAUGGGGUUGGAGUUAUGGCGGCUUCGCUACUGCCAUGGCAUUGGCUACCGACAGAGAGUCUGUAUUCAAGUGUGGCAUAUCGGUUGCACCUGUGACCUCCUGGAUUUAUUAUGAUUCCCUCUACACGGAGCGUUUCAUGGGACUGCCCACUCCCGAGGACAACCUGUACGGUUACAACCACACGGACGUGACACGGAGGGUGGAGGGAGACGAGGCUCAUGCUCUUGCAGGUGUCUUUCCUCAUCUUUAUCAUACGAUGGACCGAUUUUGGUCGAAUUGCCUCGGCUACUCACACCCUCAGUGACCUGAAUUCGAAUCCCUUAACACUGGACUGUCUCCGAGUGUCUGAUUGACGAUCCAAUAUGGUAGACGUCACGAGAAUCAAUUGGCGAACAUCUUGAUACUACAAAGCACCUGAAAUUCUCGUACAAUUUUGGUGAUUCAGCGAACCGUUUCGCGGUAAAAUAGGAAGAUCCCUUUUCGUCCAGAUGUUGCUGGAAAUAUUGUUCUCUUGGAAUCGUUUUGAAGAGACACUGGUUAAAAAUGGAUAAAUUUUCGGUGAGAGGGAAGCAAGUGUGGACGAGAGAGACUGUGUUCACACGUGUUCUCAGUUAGCACAGAGAAGAUGCAAACGCCUCAAAGGCAACGACGUCGCGUGUGAAUCGAUACUUAAGGGUGCUCGAUGCGUUCCUGUGACAACCAAGCGAGUGGAAAAUGGAUCACGUCGAAGAACGAACACGUUGUUGUCCUUCUUCUGUUUUCUUUUCUUUUGUGUGUGUGUGUAAUGAUGAUGCUCUUGUUCGAGCACGAUUUUCUUAUUUUUUUCUUUUUAUGAGAUACAGUUGAGGAAAAUUGUUGUGAUAAUUGCUGAUGAAUACCAUUGUGGAUGGAUACGUUGAAGUUUGUACCUACGAUUAAUUGGGGGACGAUAAUAAAAAUUUGUC